CGGCCCGGCCCAGCCCUCCUCUCCUCCUCGCGGCCCCUCCCGCGCGCGUCCAUCGGCUCCCCGGCUCGCGCCGCUCCAUGUAGCCCGGGAUCCCCGGGAGACCGCUGAGGAGGAGGCGGCGGAGGCUGAGGAGGAGGAGGAGGAGGGGGCGACCACAAGAUGGCGGACCUCUCGUUGCUCCAGGAGGACCUGCAGGAGGACGCGGACGGAUUUGGUGUGGAUGACUACAGCUCAGAGUCUGAUGUGAUUAUUAUACCUUCAGCCCUGGACUUUGUCUCACAAGAUGAAAUGUUGACACCACUGGGGAGAUUGGACAAGUAUGCUGCAAGCGAGAACAUAUUUAACAGACAAAUGGUGGCCCGGAGUUUGCUGGAUACCUUGAGGGAAGUCUGCGAUGAUGAAAGAGAUUGUAUUGCUGUUUUGGAAAGAAUUAGCAGAUUAGCUGAUGAUUCAGAACCAACUGUGAGAGCAGAGCUGAUGGAACAGGUGCCUCAUAUUGCCUUGUUCUGUCAAGAAAACCGACCUUCAAUUCCGUAUGCAUUUUCCAAAUACUUGCUACCUAUUGUGGUCAGAUAUCUGGCAGAUCAGAAUAAUCAGGUGAGAAAAACAAGUCAGGCUGCUUUAUUGGCUCUGCUGGAGCAGGAGUUAAUUGAGCGAUUUGAUGUGGAAACCAGAGUGUGCCCUGUCCUCAUAGAAUUAACUGCCCCAGACAGCAAUGAUGAUGUGAAGACAGAAGCUGUGGCUAUAAUGUGCAAAAUGGCUCCCAUGGUUGGGAAGGACAUCACUGAGCGUCUCAUCCUUCCAAGGUUUUGUGAGAUGUGCUGUGACUGCAGAAUGUUUCAUGUACGAAAGGUCUGUGCUGCCAAUUUUGGAGAUAUCUGCAGUGUAGUUGGCCAGCCAGCGACUGAGGAAAUGUUGCUUCCCCGGUUUUUCCAACUUUGCUCUGAUAAUGUGUGGGGAGUCCGGAAAGCUUGUGCUGAAUGCUUCAUGGCGGUUUCAUGUGCAACAUGUCAAGAAAUCCGGCGGACUAAAUUAUCAGCACUAUUUAUUAACCUGAUCAGUGAUCCAUCACGAUGGGUUCGCCAAGCAGCUUUUCAGUCUCUGGGACCUUUCAUAUCUACUUUUGCUAAUCCAUCUAGCUCAGGUCAAUAUUUUAAAGAAGAAAACAAAAGUCCAGAAGAUACAUCAUUAGAAGACAAAAAUAGGAUCAAAAAUCAAGAAGUCCCAGACCCAGAGGAUGUACAUAUCAGGCCAGAAAAUGAUUCCUCAGAUUCCAGUGUGGAUAGUUCCAGUGUCAAACUGGAAAACACCAUGGAAGAUGCUACUGAAACAUAUCUGAAAUCUCCAGGUGAAAAAACCAUUCCAAUGGACAGCUCUUUACUUUGUACUUUGUCCUCAGAAUCUCAUCAGGAAGCUGCUAGUAGUGAGAAUGGUAAAAACUCAGCUAACUCCAGCUCCACAGUACGGCCAGAUGUUGGCGCUGACUCACAGUCACAAGGUUCUUUCUUGGAUCAGGAAUUGUACAACUCCUUCCAUUUCUGGAGGACUCCUCUUCCUGAAAUAGAUCUAGACAUAGAGCUUGAGCAGGCCUCAGGGAAAAAGUGCAGCCCAGAGAAACCAGAGGAAACAUGUGACAUUACUGUUCCAAGUACUCAAAACAUCACGAUGGCCUCCCGAAAGGAACUCGAAGAAAUGAUAGAAAACCUGGAGCCCCAUAUUGAUGACCCAGAUGUUAAAGCGCAGUUAGACGUGCUGUCGGCCGCACUGCUUGCUUCCAGCCUGGAUGCUCGGGAAGAGGCCAGCGAUGAGGAAAAGAAAAGCGAAGCGCCAGAUGAGCUGUCAAACUGUAAACUAAAUCAUGAUUCUCCCGUGCCUUUAAUCAACGAAUCUGUUGAGAGUCUGGACUCCACCCUUCACUAUAUUCAUAAUGAUUCAGACUUGAGCACCAAUAGUAGUUUCAGCCCUGAUGAGGAAAGGAGAUCAAAAGUACAGGAUGUUGUCCCUCAAGAUCUGUUAGACCAAUAUUUAUCGAUGACUGACCCCUCCCGUGCACAGACUGUGGACACGGAAAUUGCUAAGCAUUGUGCAUACAGUCUUCCUGGCGUGGCCCUGACCCUUGGCAGGCAGAACUGGCACUGCCUGAGAGAAACUUAUGAGACUCUGGCCUCAGACAUGCAGUGGAAAGUCAGAAGAACUUUAGCUUUCUCCAUCCAUGAGCUUGCAGUCAUUCUUGGAGACCAGCUGACAGCUGCAGAUCUGGUUCCAAUCUUCAAUGGAUUUUUAAAAGACCUCGAUGAAGUCAGGAUAGGCAUCCUUAAACACUUGCAUGAUUUCCUGAAGCUUCUUCAUAUUGAUAAAAGAAGAGAAUACCUUUAUCAACUUCAGGAGUUUUUGGUGACGGAUAAUAGUAGAAAUUGGCGCUUUCGAGCUGAACUGGCUGAACAGCUGAUUUUACUUCUAGAAUUAUAUAGCCCCAGAGAUGUUUAUGACUAUUUACGUCCCAUUGCUCUGAAUCUGUGUGCAGACAAAGUUUCUUCUGUUCGUUGGAUUUCCUACAAGUUGGUCAGUGAGAUGGUGAAGAAGCUGCACAUGGCCACACCUCCCACAUUUGGAGUAGACCUUAUCAAUGAACUUGUAGAAAAUUUUGGUAGAUGUCCUAAGUGGUCUGGUCGGCAAGCCUUUGUCUUCGUCUGUCAGACUGUCAUUGAAGAUGAUUGCCUUCCCAUGGACCAGUUUGCCGUGUAUCUGAUGCCACAUUUGCUAACCUUAGCAAAUGAUAGGGUUCCAAAUGUUAGAGUGCUCCUUGCCAAGACGUUAAGGCAAACUCUACUAGAGAAAGAUUAUUUCUUGGCCUCAGCCAGCUGCCAUCAGGAAGCUGUUGAACAGACCAUCAUGGCUCUUCAGAUGGAUCGUGACAGCGAUGUCAAAUACUUUGCAAGCAUCCACCCUGCCAGCACCAAAAUCUCUGAAGAUGCCAUGAGCACAGCUUCCUCAACCUACUAGAAAGCCCCCGCUGUGGUCUCUCCUGCUUCCCAGGGAGUCGAAGGAGUGGCCUGGGCUCAUCCAUGUGGCCAGGACAGCCUUGGGAGGAGGAGGGACCUUUCUUUCUUGCAGACUCAGUUGUAGGCGCAAGUUCGCCUCCACAGACACCAGGGAUUUUCAGAGUCAAGAGAAAGUACAGUAAACACUAUUAUCUUAUCUUGACUGUAAGGGAAAAUAAUUUCUCAGAGGAUUGUCAUUGUCACCGAAGCCUUAAAUCCUUCCGUCUUCCUGACUGAGUGAAACUUGAUUUGGCGGAACAUUUUCCGUACGGAAGGGCUGAGAUUCCCGGAGACCUGCAUUGCUUUCUCCUGGUUUUUACUCCCACCCCCGUAGUAGAUGGAGUUCUCAGCGGCCGGAGCGGCUGGGCCCAGGAUGGGAAAGAGCUUCAGUGUUAGUCCCGACCGUUUUCAGGCAGCCGAGGACUAUUGGGUUCCUUGGCCAGCUGCCCAGCCCUGCCCUGCCCAGCUACGUGUGAAUAGUUUUUGACAUACAUAAAUGGGAAAGGAGAUUUUUUUUUUAAUUUCUCCUAAGGGCUUGAUGCUAACACUAAAGUAGAACCUGAUUUUAACUCUUAAAUGCAGCAUAUUGCUGUCCACAUUUACAGAAUGUUUGCUGAGUAUAUGUGUCCUGAUUGUUUUCAUGCUGGUCAUGACCUAUGGAAACGCAUUAGCACGUACACUUCCUGUCAGGCGCUUUUAACUGGAUCAUGAUCGGCCCUGAGGUGCAGCUUUUUCUUCACUUACUGUCCAUUUCUGCAACCGCUCUUGGGAGUGUUGCAGUCGUUAAUCAUGCUGUUCAAAAACUGUCUGGCACAACAUCUCUUGUCCAAAUAAAAUUUAUUAAUAAGAUCUAUAGAGAGAUAUAUACACUUUUGAUUGUUUUCUAGAUGUCUGCAAAUAAAUGCAAUUUGUGACUGUAUCGAUGAUUUAGUAUAAAAUGGGGAACCUAGAUUAAAGUACUUAUCUUUUAA